AUGUGCCCAUACAGUAGCUACAGCACGUCUUGCGCCUCGCUUUCCACGCCAAUUUCCUCCUCCCCUAGGCCCCUCCCUCUUUCCCCAAGCGACAGUGGCAGCGACUGGUGCUUCAUUGUUCGUGCCAAGUCGGCCGACCCAAGCCCCACCGACACCCCCAAGGCGGCCGACUCGAACUCGGACGCGAACGAGGUCGAGGUGUACGAGCUCGACUCUAGUUCGUCAGAGGACGACAUCCCUCUCAUCAAGCUCCGUGGGCGUCGCCAGACGCGCUCGUCGGUUAAGGCUAACGGCGACGGCGACGGCAACGGCAAGGCUGUCCCCAUCGAGGUUGUCUCGUCCGACGAGGACGAUGACAACGUCCCCCUCCGUCGUCCGCCCAAGCGCCGCCCAGUCCCAACAACGCCACUGGCCUCGGCAGCAGCCACGCCCGCUAUCUCGUUCCCUGUCGCCCCGGUGGUGGUGGCCUCCCAAGCCAACGCAUCCGCGAACCUCGAGGACGAGAUUGACGAUCUGCACCGCCUGACUUGCCUCCACCUCGACCAGUACUACGAGGCGUGCCUCUCGAAGGAAGUUAUGGACGAGAAACUUGGCAAGCAGUUUCAGGAAUCUGUCUCCAAGUUUACGUCCGCCUGCAGGCAGCGCGACACCAAGGCCAAGGAUUCAGCCCCACUGUAA